CUUUUGCAUCGCCUGAACUCCGCUCUUUUGACCUUGUCGUUGCCUGAUGGUCUCCUCCUCCUCCUCCUAAAACAUGGCGCUGUACAGGGGGAAGAUAUGCCGGUCAGUGCUGGAUGGAGGCGACCGGCAUCUCAGGAAAUGCAUUGUCUUGCUGUGAGUAGGCAUGGGUGUCUGAGAGUGAUGGGAAGAGGAGUAUGACCUCCCUGAUAGACACAUUACUGAUACUGACAGCCCAUUGGAGCCAUUACUCAUAAUAAUCAAUAUGAGGAGGAAGCACCAAACAUUGUCACAAGCUAGGUGACAGCACAAGGUCCAAUAUUAAGGACAUAAUUGACAUCCCACCUAUGGCAAAGCAACAUACAAGAGUUGGGCAGGGCACCUGCAGCAUGGUUGACCUUAUAAUGAGCUCCUCAUGAUUGUGUAUUUAAUGGGCUGCGGUGUCAAUCUGUUAUUUAUUUUUUUGUGUACUGCACUUCAUUGUAGCCCAGGGUAAAUGUUACAAUGUUUAUAUGUGUUUUUGUAUUUGCUUGUAAAAUAAAACCAAAUCUCAGCCUGUUAAACAAAACAAAAAAAACUCUGGAGAUGAUGUGGACCAUACCUUAGCCAUUCCCUGUUUAUAACAAAGGUUCCCUUUUUUGUAACCUCAGUAGGUGCUUUCAGAUUUUCCUAGGUGCAGAUGAUCCAUGGCCAGUGUUGCUAAAUAAAGACUUGCCAUAGAGAGCAGCUUACCACUAUAAAUUCACAUAUAUAUAUUUUUUUUAUUUAUUUAUUUUUUUGGCAUAUGCGCAGUGGCAUGCAUGUGUUUAGUGAAACAGGGGAAAACAUUGCCUCCCAUGAUGGCGGAGAUUGCUGCAAAGAUCUGGCAGAUGCUUACAUGAAAAACUAACCGCUACCUUUCAUUAGACUUCUGCAAACUCCCAAGUCUGGCCACCCUGGAUACGUUUUCCCUAUCAGGGACACCUCUCAACAUUCUGAUGUUUUGAUCGACGAGGUUAAUAUUCAGGGAUCCAGAGACAGCGCUAGCAUUUUUGCCUUGUGGUGCCUUUGCUCUCAUGCAUUGUGACACAGGUCUUCAUACUCCCCCCUCACUUCUUUUGUCUCUCUCUAAUUCUCUUUCCAUUCUUCACUUUCUACCAGUGACCGUUAAAGGAUCACUAUAGUGUCAGGAAAACUCCCACCCUCAGGGUCCCCCUCCUUAGGCGCUAAAAGGGUUUUAAAACCCCUUCAGCAGCUUACCUUAAUCCAGCGCGGGGCUCCCUCGAAGCUGGUGACCUCUCCUCCCUCGCUGACGUCCGCUCCCGAGUGGAGCGGAAUGCGCGCCAAGAGCCGUGCGCGCAUUCAUUCAGUCCAUAGGAAAGUAUUUCUCAAUGCUUUCCUAUGGGCGUUCUGCACACUGGAUGCAAAUUUCGCAUCCAGCGUCGCAGAAGCGCCUCUAGUGGCUGUCAGGAAUACAGCCACUAGAGGUUGGAUUAACCCUGCAAUGUAAACAUAGCAGUUUCUAGGAAAACGGCUAUGUUUACAUCUGAAGGGUUAAAACCUGGGGGACCUGGCACCCAGACCACUUCAUUGAGCUGAAGUGGUCUGGGUGACAAUAGUGUCCCUUUAAUGUCUCUUGUUGCUUCUUCCCCUUUUAUUAUGAAGAAUUUUACAUUCUACCCAGGUGCUAGUUUUAUGAUGUAAUUUUGCACUCUCUUUUUCUUCCAUUAUCACAUUACUUUUAAAUCCAAAAAAUACAAAAAUCAAGAUUGUUUCCUUUAGCAGUAUGAAAUUAUUUACUGCUGCUAGAUUUGAUGAACAUCCAUUUAUGUUUCUAUGCACUGAUAUGAUCUGUUUGUUGUUUACAGGUAUCAGCCUUGCCAUUUAUCUACGAGUAGCAAACCAAAGGGUGUGAUCUCUUUAAUUGUUUCAAAAGCAAAAUAUGUCAAUGAAAAAUAUGAACGAUUUUUGGAAAGAAAGUUUCCAAGGUUUUAUGAAUUAUAUUCUACUUUCAUGAAAGGUAAGUGUGCUCCUACACUGAUAAAAAUAUGAUUGAUCACUGUUUAUAUAUCUGCAAUAGAUACUAAGCCCUCAGCAAAUACUUUUCUAACAACUUACUUUGUACCCCUACUUUUACCCUUUGUGUCACCAUACCCCACUCCCUCUAGAAUGUAAGCUCCACCUCUCCGUUCCUGUAUGUCAAGUUGUCUGGUUACAAUUAAAUGUCUGUUAGUCCACCCUUUGUACAGCGCUACGGAAUCUGAUGGCGCUAUAUAAAUAAUAAUAAUACAUUUAUAGAGGUAUACAGUCUCUUGUCAUAGAUUAUCUGUCAAACAGUAAUCAUACCUGCAUCAAAAGGACACUCUAGCCAAAUUAGUGUUUGCUCAGUAAGUCCACCCUUUCUUAUUUUUUUCUUAACAUGUAAUAUGCAUAUUGAUCAUCGUGUGCUGAGUGACUCCUGUCUGUUAACAGAAAAAAAUCUAUAUGGUGGGCUUUAAAUUUCCUAAUUCUUCCCACGUUUGCAGAUAAGUUAUACAUUCCUAAAAGCAAGCAUUUAUGCCAACUGCAUUGUGAAUUGUGAUGUACUGUAAACACACUCCUUGAUAAAUAGCAUGAGCCUACUGCAUUGAAUUUACUUUCUUUACUAUUAUAGGUUUUCGGAUGUUGUUAGUUGAGGCAAAAGAAGUAGGAAUGAUCAAACAAAAAAUGAGUCAUCAAGGAGUAGAGUUUCAUCAGCUGUCUUACAGAGAAAUGGAGAAACUAAGACAAGUAGGUAUAUGUAUACUAAAAAAUAAAAAAAUCACAAAAAUUACCACUUUAAUAAUUAUAUUAAAUGCUGCUAUGUUAUUUUUUUUUUUUAUAUUCUUUAUUUUUAUUUUUGCUCAACAUACAUAGCAAGCAAGCAUCAACGGUUGGGCUUACGCAGAAGCCAAAUUAUGGGUAAUUUCUUAACAAUUACAUGCAGUUCAAUCAUUACAGUAUGUGCCCAUGUUUAACGGAACCAUGAGGGUCUGCCCUCCAUAAAGGAUUUUAAUAUACAUAAUGUAAUUCCUCAGUACAUUAUAUUGGUUUGAGAGGAAUACUUAAGUGUGCAUAAGAAGUGUCACUGACGCAGAGGCAAGCUUUGGCCUAGCGAUCAGCUGUAUAACAUGUUUCAUAUGUCAUGUGAGUCUUGUGACGUUUUUGAAUAUCUGUAAUGUCAGUAUUCGAUCGAAAGUUUGAUAUUUUCAGGUCUUUAGAUAUAGUUAUGGGAGUAAUAGUCUAAGGUCUGUAUUGUAUUUCUAGGUCUCCCAUUUCUUUCGUUACGUUGACCAUGCUUGAGGAGGUUGGUAUGCUGAGUAUUUGUUAAAUAAGGAAUGGAAUUUUCCCGUUAAGGUGCGGGAAGUGAAACAAUAAGGGAUUAGAGAAAGAGAGACUGAGAAGAUAGUACGAAGUAAAGAAAAGUAAUAUGGUGGGUGCAGCAUCCUGGAAGCGGCGAGGAGAGAAUGUUAGGGGGUGAGAUCGGGGGGGGGGACAGGAGGCACUUCCAGAACCCCCUAUGCCACGUGUGUUGAAUGGAUCCUCCGGUCGGAGGAGAACUCCGCUACUAGGUCACCUUUACACUAGGUCACCUUUACUUCUUCCUGUCGGUCUUAUCUGUCCUCCCUAGAACCCACUACGCUAUUAUCCCACGGCUCCCAAAGUUUUAGAAAUGUUUCUGUCGAUCCCUUUAUUCUUGCUGUCAGGUCGUCCAUAAUCCUACAUUCGCGGAUCCUGGAUAUCACUCCCAGGAACUCAGGUCCGUCUGGUGAAAGCCCCCCAGUCGCUAUUGUUCGUCUCGCGCUUAGAGUUAUUUUAUGGACUAGUUUCUGCUCUCUCUUGGUCCAUCCGUCUAUAGACCUGUUUAACAGGUAUACCCAUGGAUCUCUGGUCAGGGGUUUGUUAAAUAUUUGUUUCAUUAGGUCUUCUGUCGCUUUCCAAAAUGCUAUUGUUAUUGUUGGGAUACGUGGAAUGAAAUACCAGCACAUCAGAUUUCAAGAGCACACUAUAUAGAGUUUAGUAGUUUAUACACUGGGUGUCAGUCUCUACCGAGAUAUUUUGAUAACUGUUUAGGUUUAUUCACUAAAGUGCAAAUUGCAUAGACUUGAUAAGGAAAUUGCACAUUUUAGACCAAAGUUGUACAUUACUAUUCAAUUUCCACUCACAGAUCUAAAGUUCUCUAGAAAGUUUAUAAAUUAUAUUUAUUCAAAACAGUGGCUUUACUGGUUUUUAACAGAGUGUCAGAAUGCUAUCUCUUACUUAAAGUGAACGUGUUGUGAGAAAAACAACUUACCUUAAAAUGCUCCCGUACACCUUGAAUUCACCAUAUAUUAUAAGCUACAUGGUGUAUUCAAUGAAAAGAUUCAUUCACUUUUCCUCUCUUUCAGCACCAGUUUGUGGGUGUUAGUCUUCGUGUAACAUCCACCUCCAGACUGUCCUCCGCUCCUCACAAAGUUUUCUUUGGUUUGCCCUACUUAGGACGCAUCCCCAAGCAAGGAAAAUAUCAUCAUUAAUUUUGGCAGGCUGGCUUCAUUGCCGGCAUUGGAACAGAGGGACGUCAUGUCACUCCAUUUCUAGUGCUGGCUAGGGAGCUUCUAUAGAAACUACAGAACAUGUGCUGUGGUUGCUAAGGGAGGAGAGCAGAGGGACCUCCUGUGGGAAGUCUUUGCUGGUCUCCCUUCUCAAUCAAUGCUCCAACACUGACUGACAGCUGGGGGAUUCUCCAUAUCUAUACAUUUGCUAGCAAAAUAUUGAGAAUAUUGAUCUGCAGAAACCUAACACGUCUUAUCAAAAGCCAAACAAGUAAUCAGUAGGAUAUUGUCAUAAUAUCUGCUGAGAUAAAUGACUGUACCCCAGAAGCUGUAGGUCAGCCACCCCUUGGUAUUCAAAUAUAAGUAAUAUGCUGGAUAAAUGCCUGCUAGGAAUUAAGUUCAUGAUAACCAAACCUAUAAAAAGGAAGUCUAGACUAGUACAAGACAAACUCCCAUCUUGCAUUUGCCUAUAUUUAUACUGAUUUCAGAGUUCUAUUUCCUCUCCUUUCUUCUGUGAAGGGAGGAGCUGACCCAUAAAUAAAUGCUGCCAUGUUUGAUCAGGAAAUGUAUUUUUCUCAUUUAGUCAAAAGGCCCUCCCUCUGUAAAAGUCACAUUAACCGCAUUACUAAGUUAUUAUAUUUUUUACUAGGAUCAGAACUCAAGUGCUUAUAAUACAGUGGAUCAUUAAGCAUUCAGUAGGCUUCCCCCAUAUAAUUAGUCCUACCUAGAAUCACAAUCACCCUUCCCUUAUAUGCUCCUUUGAUAAUAUUAGGGUUGUUCCAAAGUUUGUGCAAAGCUCUUAUUUCCUCUCUAGUGAGGCUAUGACCUCUAAUUUAAUUUCUAUUGUGGUUCAUCUGUUUGAACUCUUUGAGUGCUGCCUCAGUAAAGACCAUAAUAUAAUUGUCUUUGUCUACAGUGAGUUAAUCAUUUAGACUUGGUUGUUAAAUUAGUAUGGAUGUUGAAUGCAACAAAAUGAGUCUUUAUCAAACUUCUCAUUAGAUGUAGCAUAAUUAUUCUCUAGUCUAAUAAAUGUAGCAAAAUAGAUUAUAGUUUAUCAGCUGCCUUUUUAAAAAAUUUCGAUUCAUGCCCUAACGUAUUGGCUGAUUGCAAAUUAGAUGAUCGUAUUAAUGCAUGUUUACAAGCAAAUACAUUUAAAUCUGUAAAUUAAUCUUCCAUCCGUGGAUAAAACAAAAUGUAAUUCAAUAGUGUAAUUUAACAAAUAGUAAGUACUAACUAAGAGAGGUUAAAAUUCCUUUUACUUUGAUUAGGCUUAUCUGAUGGCCUGAUAUCUUUAUUCAGUUGCUUUCCAGUCCCUUUUGUCUAAUUGUGGAGACGUACGUGGGGCAAAAUGGUUAAUUCUGACUGGUAUCAAAUUGGGAUUAAGCAAAUCCUCAGAAUUUGUUUCCUCAAAUGUCUACAUCUAUGCUUCUGGGUAUGGGGAGAGUGAGUACGAAAAUUUACUCUACUCUUCUCCCUUGACUCCAGGUACAUCGGAGCUGUGAAGUGUGUUCUAUGAAGUUUCUAAAUUAGUUUACUUUAGAUACCCAAUUUUCAGUGGUGGUUGCAAUAUUACAUUUACAUAUAUUUUUACGGAAGCUGUUUAGGAAGCUGCCCUAUUCCUAAACCUAAUCCUAACUCCAAAUGGUUACUGUCUGCUAAUAUCCGUACUGAUAUCAGCAAAGGGAUUUCUAAGAUAAAACACGGAAUUGUCUGUGACCACCAUCUAUUGACCCUCAUCACUUUGAGCGCUGCAUACAGCUCAUUUGUCAGUCUGGGGCCACUAAAUAUGGAUACUGUCACUGUUGGUAAAAUACAGCAUGGAUGGAAUUAUUCUGUCUUGCAACCUUAAGGGGUUAAGUAGACAAUAAGGAUACGCUAUUUUGUCUUUACCAUAAACAGCAACAUUAUUAUUCCAAAUGUAUUUGAAUUUUGAACAUCAAAGGGUAUUUCAACUUUGACCUUGUCACUCUCUGUACUUGGCCCUAUAAUUACAUUUAUUGUUAAUAUUUCUAAUCUGUAUUUUUUUUAAAUAUAUAUUUAGGUGUUGCUUGACUCACUUAUAACGUUCCUCCUCUUUUUAAAAUGUUUAUAAUUGUAUUUCUUUUCUCUCCAGUUUCGACGAGAUAUUAUAAAAGCUGCACCUGUGGUGCUUAUUUCCAUUCCACCUUUUGCCAACUACAUUGUCUUUCUUCUGAUGUAAGUAGAACUUGCUCCACUGAAUUCUAAUGUCCAUUGACUGGUAUGAAACACUGUAUCACAUGUUAUAAUGCAAUCCAAACAGCCUCUGAGAAUGCGUAAUUUGUUUUACAAUGGCUAUAAGGUAAUCAUUCACAUUCAGCAAGGACAUGAAGCACAGAUUUUAGCAUAAUAAAAUAUAUUUAUCACAAAUCCCUAUAAUUUGUGCUUUUUAGUUUUUAUUUUAGAAAUAAAAAUCUGAAUCACUUAGUCUUUUUUUUUUUUUUUUGUCAAUCUGUUUUUAUUGAAGGCAAUAAAUGGGUGGUUUACAGUAUAAGGUUGAUACAUCAUUCGGCAAGAGUACGUUUCAUUUCCAGAAUAACGAUGCCUCUUUUUUUUUUUUUUUUUUUUUUUUUUUUAGUUUAAACUGUAGUUUGAAAAUACAAGCUAUGGAUCAUAAGAUCCGCUAUGUAACAUGCUAAAUUAACAAUGCAUUAACUAGUCUUAACCUAAUCUGAUUGUAGGUCUUAGCAAUUUAAACAGUAUAAGUAACACAAGCAGUGUAAGCGUGAGGUGUGACCUACAGGACUUAGUGAAUUACGCGCUUUGUGUCGUGGCUAGGUGUCAUGGGAGUGAGUCCCAGGCUGUGGGCAUCCAGUUUUUCUGCAAGUACAGCAGUGGGUUGUAUGUUGUAUAAUAGGCGUAGGUUACAUGCUGCUGUCAAUCUUUGUGUACCUUGUUCCACAUAAUAUACAUUCAGUGCAUAGCGUUAAACAUACUUUCAGUGUCAAGCGAGAGGUAUACUUGCAAUUACUGUAUAUGCUGUACAUUUGCAUCACAUGAGACAAUAAAAGGUGGUGAGAGGCAGGAUAGCGUUCUUUUUCAUGUGGAUUGUAUGCCAUAUCCCCUGAUUUUCAGUGGGUAAGGUGGCUGACCAUUAAGUCAGUGCGGUGAGGACAGUUUAACCAAUUCCUGACCGGUGGUGUACAGAGUCUUGUAUCCAAGCUGAGCGUUGCAGGCUGUACCGGUUUGUUGUGGGUCUGCAGGUAGGGACUGUCCCUGGAGGGGUACUGCCGUUGAGGUGAGCUCUCUGGCUUGUACUUGUCAUUGUUGUGGCUUGUACUUGUCAUUGUUGGGCUCCCGUGCGUUGCCCUGCGUGUUCGAGUUAGGUUGCGGACAGGCUGGGGUCUUCGCUUCCUCCGGCGCCCUUUACCAGCGCUCUUCGGCUUGGGGGUUGCUUGUCGACGGCUGGAGCUGGGUGAUGCUACUUCGGUUAGUUCUUCGUUUAGGGGGGAGCGUCAAGUCUCCCGGGCCGCCAGCAAAAGGACGGGGAAAGCGGCCGUCCUUCCCCAGUUCCCGUGCCCGAAGGCCGUGCUCCGAUUUCUUCGAGUGACACAGUUUUUUUUCCUCCUUUAUUACUAAAGUAUUUUUGGCUUCCAUACUUUAUAAAUCACUUAACGAUGUUAGGACAUGUUAUUAUGUUCUAACUAUACUGGGCUUUAACACUGUUAGGAUGUAUUGAGUGUAGGGUUCAAUUCCUGUUCACACCAGGAAAUCCGAGGUAUCAUUCUAUAGCUGGGGCUUCCCUCUGGAAGCUGAGGCCAUUUUUAGUGGCCUUAAACUUUUUCAGGUGUUCUGUAUGCAGCGCUCAAAGUGAUUUAUAUCCCCAUUAAGUGCAAUGCAUUGUGUGCAAGAUUAAAACUCUGGAUCCAUUUUUAGUUGUCCCAGACUAACAAACGCGCUAUAUGCAGCACUCAAUCCAAUACCUGGGACUUUCCACUGUCAGCUAGGACCCCAGUGACCCAAGGCGACUCGAUUAACUGUAUGCAGCACUUAAGGUUAAGUCUGCAUACAGCCUUUUAAAUACUUAGAAGACACCGCAGGUAAGCCGUUCAUGCUCAGCUGUGGUUAAUAUGGGCUGGCAGGUGCUCAAGGCAGAUCCACAGAGUGUGGACAGACACCAACAUGGUCUCCUAAUAUAAUAGAAAAUAUUAAAGAAUAGGCAUCACAGCAAGAUGUGCUAAUAAAGCAAUAUUUGUUGAAGCCAAGUGUGCCCCUGGUUCAUGGUAAAAGGUACAACAUUUCAGCUGUAUGAGCCUUAAUCAUGUAGGGUCUCCCAGCAUGGCCCCAUGCUGAUUGUGAUCGGUACUGGACGUUGCCAGCUGCCCAGUAGUGAUCAAGUGUAAUCAGCAUGCCUGAUUUUCAGCAUUAGAAAGAUAGGCCUGUAAUGUUGAAAACAGCCAGUAGGUGGUGGCAACAACAUUCUCUACUGUUUUAACUAGGAAACCCAUCUGCUGAUAUCAGUACUAACUUUAGAAGAGGGUUUCGUUAGGGUUAUGAUAGGAUUAGUGGUUAGUUGUAGGGUUAAAGAGCACCUGUCAUGACAAUACAUUUAAAUCUUAAAUGAUAAUCAAAUUUCAUUUAUACAUUAUACUAGCACAAUUCCUAGCAAAUGUCUUUUCUCGUUAAAAAAGAGCCCUUCCCACCUCCUCUGUCAGUUCAGUCUGUGCCAAAUUGCACAGAGAUAAAGUUGCGCUCUGAAUGCCUUUUACCAGGAAGAGUCUCCUUUUGGUGUGCCUCCUGCUUGGAUUCUUCAACCUAAGGGAAAGCAAUGCCUACAAGCGGAAGUAGGGGAGGGGCAGGCUCUGUCAGAGCAGUACCUGCAGCAAGCACGGAGAGAGGAGAAAAACAGCCAGAAUUAUUUAUUGCAGAAGCUUUGGAUAGGUAUUCUCAAAAUGGAGGGAGAGAGAGAGAGAGAUGACUUUUAUCUACAUAAAGCCAACAUAAAGUGUUGGGGAAUUUUAACCUGCUUCUUCCCAAACAGGGAUUUGCAGGAAAGGUGUGUUUUACAGCAAGUGUAACACCCACUGAAACAUGGUUAAUAAUCUCAGCUAGAUGCAGGAGUAAUGGAAAUACAUUUAAAAUAUGAGCUUUUAAGAGCAUUAAGGGAAGAAAUAUUUAACUAUUUAAUGUGAGUCAAGCCAAAGUUAAAAAAACUUUAAUGUUAGGGCAGGUAUAUGGUUAGAGUGUAAGCAUAGCGUUAAGGGUAUGCCACCAAGGUGGACUCUGCAACCUUUUGUCAUCACUGAGUACCAUGGUAACACAUACAGUUUAAAUACACACUUAAUUAUGCAUAAUUAAUUGUAAGUGAUUUAAGUUGCCCAAAGGUGGAGUAAAUAGAGAGAUGAAAGAAUUAACUCCAAACAUAGCAUAACUAGACAGAAAAGAGAUUAUAGUCCAUGAUUAGAAAAAAAAAUAAUUGAUAAUCAACUGUAUUGACUGCACCCCUUAAUGACUAGCAUCCAAUGAAGGUAGAUUAUGGGAACAUGCUAGAAAAUUUUAUUUUAUAUUCCAAUUAAUACAUUACAUUAUUACAUUAAAAUCUUAUUUUAGAUUGCAUAUGAAAAAAAAUUGUGCAUUCAAUUUGUUGUAAUUAGGGUGUUUGAAUGUAUUGAUAUGCUACCACAUGUUCGAAUUUGUAAUUAUAUGCUGAAUGCUCUUAUUAAAUCUUAAUUUCUGCUCUCUCCAUUAAGGUAUUUUUUUCCUCGGCAGUUGUUAAUUCGUCAUUUUUGGACUCCAAAUCAGCAAGAAGAGUUCUUGGAUAUUUAUCACCGCAUGAGAAUGGAAUCCUAUGUAGAUAUCUUGGACAACUUGUCAAAAGCCAUUCCCCAAGUCACAGAAAAGUCGCUCCAAAGCCAGAUGCUCAAUCUCUGUACCCAGGUACUGCUUUAUUUGUGAACCUGUGAUCAGAAAUGUUACUGUGGCUCAUAUUCACUGUUUAACAUGUUCAGCAUGUAAAUAACUAAUGCACAAUAAGACUAUUAUUUUAUUCUAUGUGUGUUUUGGUAACAUCUGCAAACAUGGAUUUGAAAUGUACAUCGCCCGAUGCCUGGUACAUGUAGUUCCAGGCCCUUGGCAGGAAGUUAUUUUUUACCUUUAGGCCUGUACCUUGAGUACAGGACAAGGUCAGGGAGUGUGUGGUCUACACCUCAAUCAGCAGACCACAGUAAUUGCUCCCUCAUGGUCGGGUGCUCAUUAAUAUGUCAGAGCACAGCCGCCAGUACUCCUGGCAGCUGUGCUGUGAGCACUGGACUGGGAGGGAGCGAUUACUGGACCACCAGGCAAAAUUAACCACUCCAAUGACCACCGGCUAGAGGUAAUCCCUCCUCUCCCUCUGUAAACCACUAGACAGAGAGUUAAUCCCUACUGCCCGUAGGGAAAAUUUAGCAGGAGGGGGCAAAACAUAGAUCACCAUUAUUCAUAGCCAAACACGACACACAGACAGUUUACAUCAAACACAUACUACACACAGCCAAUGCAACACUCAUUCACAGCCACCACGCAACACAGGCACACACACUAGAUAAACCAGCACACCACCCACUCGAUAAGCCAACACACAGACACUAAGCACAUUUAUUGCACACAGCCAGAAUAUAGCACAUCACGCAACACACACACUUACACACAGCCAGUACACAGCACCAGGGUUCCCAACUGUUUGGCUUUUGGCAGGAAAGUGCCUAUUUUGGACUCCUGUUCCACCAAUCCAAUUUAUUUUCCUGGUGUCUUGCAUCAGGGUUAGCCAUGAAACAAUCCUCACGCAGUGCAAGUGCAUCAUACAUGGAGCAUUUCAGCAAUGCUCUCUGUAUGGUCCUUUAUGUUGGGGGCUUGCAGUGGUGAGUAACUUUUUGAGUUGUCUAGUAGUGCAGGAUUUGAAAUUUUAAGUCCUGAUUGGUAUUUGAGCAGUAUAAAUGUGACUAUUUAAAGUGAAAAGCUGCACUCAAGCAAUGUUAUAUAAAGUGUGUGCUUCUUACUUGUUCAAGUGAUCUCUGAAUAUGACCUAUUGUCUCUUAGGUGAAGCAUGGAUCCCAUCCGCAGGUAAAUGAUAUCCAAGCAGUCAGUGCUGCAUUCGCCGGCCCGCCCUUUGGUUUGAAGAGACUGGAUGUCCAUCAACUGGUAAGAUACUAAUACCAACAUUACAAUAAUAUAUACAAAUUCAUCUAAACAUAAACGAUAACCAUCAGCAUUUACAUAGAUAGCAGGGGGUAACAGAGCAGAUCUUAUUUUUUUAGUUGUCCAUCUGUAUUGAAGGAACUAAAGAAAAACUAGGGAUGUAGAGGUAAAAUAGUAAAAAUGAUUUAAACCUCAAACAUCUAUUGUAGGUAAAAGUAAAAACAGAAUCAAUGGGGGCAAAAAAACACACAGAGACUCAUCCCAGCAUUCACUAUGUGUUCAUGCUAAGCAGCACUACGUAAUUAUUUCCCUGUGUAUUGAUUUAUUAAUCAAUUUUCGGUGACUGGGAUACUUUAGAAUCCUUAGAUUACACAUGAGUGUUUUUUUUUGUUCUGAAAUACUUACUAUAAUUCAUUGUUUUUUGAAUCUACUGUCCAUUAUAUUUCUUCUAACAGAAAGCCUUUAGCCGUGUUCUGUUCCUGACACCACACUUGCCAGCUUUCUUUCUGCAGCGUCGGCUCGGGAGCCAUAUUUGUGAGAUCCAUAACCUGGACUGUGCACUGCUCAAGCUUGGGGUUGGCAUGCUCUCCGAAGUAGAAGUAAAGAGGGUGAGAAAUAUAUUGAUCCUAUGUGGCCAGAAGGCAGCAGCAAAGCAGGAAUUGUUAAGAUUUGCUACCUAAAGGGGACUUAUGUAUGUUUGGAUGAUUAGGUCAAUUAAUAAUAUACAUCGUGUUACUGAAACUGCCAUUAAAGAGACAUUUCUAGCAUCAUAACAACUUGAUGAUGUAAGGAGGUCUUCUAUCCAGUGGUGUAUUUUGAAUAUGUGCUACCCUAGGCAUUACGAAAUUCAGGCACCCUUCCCUAAUCUAAGUUUGCUGCACCUCUUCCUGUUUAAGGCCAACACGCACUUUGACUGACAGACACACACUGACACAUCCACUCAGUGACAGGCACACACUCUUAGAUACACAUACACUCUCACUGAUUUGACACUGACAUAUGCACACAAUCAUGCACACACAUUGACAGACACACUCACUAAUUUACAUACUGACACACACUCACUAAUUUACAUACUGACACACACUCACUAAUUGACAUACUGACACACACUCUCUAAUAGACAUACUGACACACACUCUCUAAUAGACAUACUGACACACACUCACUAAUAGACAUACACUGACAGACACACACUCACAAACAUACACUGAUACGCACACUCACAAACAUACACUGAUACGCACACUCACAAACAUACACUGACACACGCACACUCACAGACAUACACUGACACACGCACACUCACAGACAUACACUGACACACGCACACUCACAGACAUACACUGACACACGCACACUCACAGACAUACACUGACACAGGCACACUCACAGACAUACACUGACACAGGCACACUCACAGACAUACACUGACACAGGCACACUCACAGACAUACACUGACACAGGCACACUCACAGACAUACACUGACACACGCACACUCACAGACAUACACUGACACAGGCACACUCACAGACAUACACUGACACAGGCACACUCACAGACAUACACUGACACAGGCACACUCACAGACAUACACUGACACAGGCACACUCACAGACAUACACUGACACACGUACACUCACAGACAUACACUGACACACGCACACUCACAGACAUACACUGUCAGACACGCACACUCACAGAUACACACAUUGUCUCACACACUCGCAAACUGUUAUAGAUUUUUUUUAAUUUAAUUUAAAUACACCCAGCCUCCCUACCUUUGGGAGAGCUGGAGUAGAUUAUUUCCCUGUGGUGCGGCUGGCCUGUCUGCUGCUGCUGGGGCUCUUGUGCUGCUGGGUGGGCGGGUGAGCCGUCAGAGUUGGCAGCAAGAAAGCUGUAAUGUUCCUGCUCAGUUCCCUCACGCAUAACGUUAUACUCUGGUAUCACGUCUGAGCGCGCAAGGGAACCGAGCAGAAAGAGCUCAGCAGCAGGAUAGCACUCACUCGCUGCUGGACCACAAAAUAAGCAGAUGCCCGUCUCGCGGGGCCAUAUCGUGGCCAGCCGGCCAGCUCUUGAGCCCCUCAUGAAAGAGGUUAACAAGGCAUCUGCCAGGGCGCUUUACUGUGGCGAUUUUACCGCCACCCUAAAAGUGCCGACCAAGGCAAAUGCCUUGUUAGCUUCGCUGUUACGACAGCACUGCCUCUGUCCCAUAGUGCACAUAUAGUGUCUUAUAAGUGCAGCAUUUAGCAAAAAAACAAACAAAUACUACACUGCAACUAUAAGCUGUCCUUGUCACUCAAGUAUGUCACACAACUAACUAUGUUUUACUCCUCCUGUACAAGUACUAUUUUGAUAGGCUGCACAACAGGGGUUUAUGGAAAUUAUAAUUCAUUUGUUUCUUUCUACAGCGGGAAGCUGAAACUAAACUAAAACUAUCAUAAUCUUGGCUGUGAUUGAAUUUAUGAGAGAAGCAUGCUAUUUCUGUAGAACGUUACUGAAGUAUCAUAACUGGCAGAUUAACUUCCUGAUUUGAGCAUAGCCCACCUAAACCUUGCAAAGCCUGAUGAUUUAGACAUCAAAUAUAGGAGUUUUUUGGUUGUUGUGUGUUUGUUUUUUUAUAUAUUUUGCAUAUUGUUUUGAAUGCAUUUUGUUGAUAUCAUGGAUUAACAAAUGUGUUCUUUUCGAUCUGGACAAUCCAAAGAAUUGAUCCUGAUGCUUUAAGCUGUAUCAGCUGUAUCAGCAGUGCUCGGCCAUUGCAACCUUCAGAUUUGUUUUCAGAUGUAACCCCAUAACGAUGUUAGAACGUGUCAUUACGCCCUAACUAAAAUGGUCUUUAAUGUCUUUAGGGCGUAAUGACACAUCCUGUAAAUUUGGUGUGAGCAGGGGUAAAUUGAUACCUGGGGCUCCUCUCUGUCUGCUGGGCCAAUUUUAGUGCCCCAGUCUUUUACAUGAGCUGUUUGCAGUGCUGGAAACCAGAACUGCAAACAUCUUGUUAAACAGGCAUUUUAAGGCUUAUUAAAAUGAUCGUGAUGUGAGCAAUGUUAAAUCUCUGCUCACACCACUAACACCAGGUAUCAAUGGAUACUUUUGGCUCCACUGAUUUUGCUGGUCCCAGACUUUUUGAUGAGUUGCUUGCAGCUCUGGAAGUGACUCCUUAAAUAGACCUUUAAAUGCAUUCAAAGAGAUUGGGGUGUGAUCAGAGUUACACACCACUAACCCCAGGCUCAUUUAGAUUACACUAAGUGUAAUUUUGAAAUGGCCAGUAGAUGGUGGCAACAUACCAUCAUCUACUGUGUCAAAUACAGAAUAAACAAAAUUGAUAUUCACGGUGGGUUAAUUUAGGUUUAGGUGAGGGUUACACUUAGUGCUAGGGUAAGGGUUCAUACUUGGUGUGGAUAAAUGUUGUUUUGGGGCUAAAGAUAAUGUAGGAUUGAGUUAAAGCCUCCAGCCGGCCCCCAUUCCAUAGAGCCAGCUGCUCGUCCAUUCCCCUGCGCGGCCUCAUUGUCGGGAGGAAGUAAUUACAGUUCUCUUCACUUCCUCCCGGCGCACAGAGAGUUGCACGGGGCUCGAGAGACAGGAGAAGGAAGAGUCCGGAACAGCAGCAGCCUACUCCCAUCAGCUGCAACCAGCCCCACUAACCUGAUGUCACUUGCUUCUGCCCAGUUCCCUGGAUUCCAGGGAAGACACCCUCCUGAGCCCAGGGUAGGAAACAGGAGGGUGGCUAUAAAUGUAUUUAUUUAUUUUUGUAGUUGUGUUUGUAUCUGUCAUGUGUGUAUGUCUGUAUAUGUAUUUGUCUAUGUGUCUAUAAAUCUUUGUGUGUGUGUGUGUGUGUAUCUAUUUGAGUGUAUCAAAUAAUAAAUAAUACUUUGCGAGUGUGUGAGAGAAUUUGUGUCUGUGUAUAUGUGUGUGUUUAUCAGUGUAUGUCUGUCUGUCAGGCUGUCAGUCAGUGAAUGUGUAUGUUUAGGUCACCAGCUCCCCUUCCGAUCAAAUAGAAUGAUGUUUUUACUGUAGGGAGAGGUAUUAGCUGUAGAAAGAGGGAAGUGCUCAUGCCAUUGUACAGAACACUGGGGAGACCUUAACUGGAGUAUUGUACGCAGUACUGGAGACCGUAUCUCCAGAAGGAUAUUAAUACUUUGGAGAACGUUCAGAGAAGGGAUACAAAACUGGUUCAUGGAUUGCGGGAUAAAACUUACCAGGAAAGGUUAAAUGAUCUUAACAUGUAUAGCUUGGAGGAAAGACGAAACAGGGGGAUAUGAUAGAAACAUUUGAAUACAUAAAGGGAAUCAACACAGUAAAGGAGGAGACUUUAUUUAAAAGAAGAAAAACUACCACAACAAGAAGACAUAGUCUUAAAUUAGAGGGGCAAAGGUUUAAAAAUAAUAUCAGGAAGUAUUACUUUACUGAGAGGGUAGUGGGUGCAUGGAAUAGCCUUCCAGCUGAAGUGGUAGAGGUUAACACAGUGAGGGAGUUUAACUAUGCGUGGUAUAGACAUAAGGCUAUUCUAGAUAUAAGAGUAUUAUGAAAAUUGGGCAGACUAGAUGGGCCGAAUGGCUCUUAUCUGCCAUCACAUUCUGUGUUUCUGUGUCAUCUUUUUUCCAACGCCAUGCCAGUCUUGCCAAAGCUGGCCCGCCUCAGUAGCCGAGAUCAAUUACCAAUAAGCAUCUCCUUAUAGAGAUGCGAUAAAUCAGUGCAUCUCUUUGGGGAACAUUCAGCGUCUCCAUGCUCACUGUGCAGCACUGAGUUAGGAGACACUUUAGUGUCCAUUUGAGUGACUGCCACUAGAGGUGUUACUAGGCAGCAAUGUAAUUACUGCCUUUUCUCAGAAAAGGAAGUAUUUACAUUGAAAAGCCUGCAGGGACGAUAUAUAGACACCAGAGCCACAACAUUAACCCCUUAAGGACCGAGGACGGUUCAGCACCGUCAUCGGCAUUUUUGCGUUGCCGACCGAUGACGGUCCUGAACCGUCCUAACGGUCAGAGCUACUUACCUGAUCGCCGUCGUUCCCCCGGCGGCGAUCAGUGUUCCUCCGGUUGUGGGGAGACUGCCUGCAGCCCAGACAGUCUCCCCACGGCAGAUUAGGACCCCUGUGGCCAUGUGAUCGCUUAACACAGCGAUCACAUGGUCACAAUAGGUGUCCAUAGUGCUGCCUGCAGGGGGACUGCCUGUGCUGACAGGCAGUCUCCCUGCAACUGUAAAAUCAGAAAAAAAAUUAAAGUUAAUGGUAAUAAAAAAAAUAAUAAUAAUUAUAUAUGUAUAAAUAUGAUAUAUAGACAUAUAUUAUAUCUAUAUAAUAUAUGUCUAUAUAUCAUAUAUAUAUAUGUCAUACUAAGUGUAUUUUUAUAUUAAUAUGUACUUAUAUUAAUAUAAAAAUACACUUAUAAUUAAAUUACACACGUGUAUAUAUAUAAUAUAUAUAAUAACUAUAUAUAUUGUAUAUAUAUAUUAUUAUAAAAUAUAAAUAAUAAGUAAUUUAAAUUAAAUAAUUUUUUUAAAAUAAUAAUAAAAUUUAAAAAAAAUUAUAUAGCUAUAUGAAAUUUUAUUCUAACUGUAUUUUAAAAUUAAUAUAUAUAUAUUUAUAUCAAAAUACACUUAGAAUGAAUUUGUAUAUAUAUCUAUGUAUAUAAAAAUAAAUAAAAAUAAUAAGAAAUAUACAUACGUCCAUAUACAAAAUUACAUAAAUAAUUAUAUAAAUAUACACGUAGACUUCAAAUAUAUAAAUAUGCAUAUAUAUUUAAAUUCUACGUGCGUAUUUAUGUAAUAUUUUUACAUAAUUCAGUAAUUUUAUUGAUUGCAAUUUGAGGGACCUGCCUGCCAACCCAGGCCGAAAUUCCAGAGAAUUUAAUUUGCUAGCACUGUAUUUUACCCUGUAACGUUCUACGACACCCUAAAACCUGUACAUGGGGGGUACUGUUUUACUCGGGAGACUUCGCUGAACACAAAUAUUAGUGAUUCACAACAGUAAAACAUAUCACAGCGAUGAUAUUGUCAGUGAAAGUUACUUUUUUUGCAUUUUUCACACACAAACAGCACUUUUACUGAUGAUAUAAUUGUUGUGAUACGUUUUCCAGUUUUUAAACACUAAUAUUUGUGUUCAGCGAUGUCUCCCGAGUAAAACAGUACCCCCCAUGUACAGGUUUUAUAGCAUUUUUGAAAGUUACAAGGUCAAAUAUAUGGGUCAAAUAUUUUUACAUUGAAAAUGGCCAGGUUGGUUACGUUGCCUUUGAGAGCGUAUGGUAGCCCAGGAAUGAGAAUUACCCCAUGAUGGCAUACCAUUUGCAAAAGAAGACAACCCAAGGUAUUGCAAAUGGGGUAUGUCCAGUCUUUUUUAGUAACCACUUGGUCACAAACACUGGCCAAAAUUAGCGUUCAAUUUAGUUUUUUUACUUUUUUCACACACAAACAAAUAUGAAUGCUUACUUUGGCCAGUGUUUUCGACUAAGUGGCUACUAAAAAAGACUGGACAUACCCCAUAUUGAAUACCCUGGGUUGUCUACUUUAAAAAAAAUAUGUACAUGUGGGGUGUUAUUCAGAGAUUUAUGACAGAUAAUAGUGUUACAAUGUCACUAUUGAUAAAUUUUAAAAAUGUAUGUUUUGAAACCGCAAUAUCCUACUUGUACCUAUAGCCCUAUAACAUGCAAAAAAAAGCAAAAAAGCACGUAAACACUAGGUAUUUUUAAACUCAGGACAAAAUUUUGAAUCUAUUUAGCAGUUUUUUUCAUUCGCUUUUGUAGAUGAGUAAAAGAUUUUUCAAGUAAAAGUCAAAAAACAUGUAUUUUUUUCAAUUUUUCAUCAGAUUUUUGUAUUUUUUUUAAAUUAAAAUACAUGAGAUUAUAUAAAUAAUGGUAUGUAAAGAAAGCCCAUUUUGUCCUGAAAAAAACAAUAUAUAAUUUGUAUGGGAACAGUAAAUGAGAAAGCGGAAAAUUACAGCCAAACACAAACACCACAAAAGUGUAAAAAUAUUCCUGGUCGCAAAUGUACAACAUCGCAAAAACAGUCCAGUCCUUAAGGGGUUAAGCUAUAGUAAGUCUGGUGACUAUAGUGUUCCUUUAAGAAUAGAUUGAAAGUAAACUUGUCAAGGCCUGUGUUAUAGUAUCAGAUGAUAAAUGAAAGCCCUUUCUGUCCUUUACAAAAUUCUACAUAAUGUGUAUGGGGGCACUUGACAAGAGACAGUCAAGUGGAACAAACCUAUAGCUCUGUCCUUACGGGGUUAAGCUUUAAUUUUAUAAAUGUAUAGAGUGCCAUUUUUAUCUAUGAAUUUGCUAGCAAUUUAACAUAAUUUAUAGAUUGCUUUUUAUAGUCUCUAAAGUGACACCAUAAUACAAUUUUUUUUACUUAAAUCAUUAACAUUUGAUUAAUGGGAAAAAUAUGAUCUUUUUCUUGGGACUGGAGUUUGAUCCCUGCCCCUGCUGUUGAGUAUGAAUCUUUAUUACAGUUAGGGCACAGUCACACCCACCACUCAUUUGGCUUUUCUUAUCUUAAUAUAUUUACCUGAUCGCUAAUAUAGUUACAUAGUAAUCUUGGUUGGAAAAAAACUCUCCAGUUCAUCAAGUUCAACCUUUUUGUGCUGUUGAUCCAAAAGAAGGCAAAAUAAACAGUUUGAAGUGAUGACAAAUUAUGCCACUAAAUGAGGGGCGAGGGGUCUUUCUUGACUCCAUGAUGGCAAUCCGAUAUCUCCUGGAUCACCAACCUGUUUACAUAUAUGUUAAUUAUAGCCUUGAAUAUUCGGUUUCCCAAACAUAUAUCAAAACAUAAAGUACAUUUGUUUAAAAUGUUGCUUGUGUGGUAGAAACAAAAGUAUAGUAAAUAAAUAAUAAUGUAGCUUAUGCAAGGUAAAGACAUGUAUAUUUGCAAAUACAGACCUUUUAGAAUGAACUCCAACUCCCUGCAAAUACGGCUUGGGGAACUGUCUCCUUUAGUUAAGGUUUUUAUUUUUUAACCCUUUCAUUAUCCGUAAGGUGUAUAGACAUUGUUGGCUUAUUUUUGCAUAUUCAGAUUUUCUAACAUGGGAAAAAUAAAUGCUGGCAUAUCGAAGGCUUAACUUGAUGGACGCAAGUCUCUUUUCAGCUAUGUAACUAUGUUAUAUGCAUGACAUUACAUACAUAUUUCAACUUCUCUUUUUGCUUUUCAGGCUUGUUAUAUUAGAGGCCUAAAUUCGACUCACCUUAGUACAGAAGACUGCAGGACGUGGUUAAAUUGUUGGCUCCAACUCUCUAGCAGACUAAAAGGUAAGGAUUGUCAUUGCACUGAAUGUUAUAAAUAUGAUUUCUGAAAACGGAUUAAAGAACUUACUAAUAUUAUCUGUCUGCCUAGAUGUAUCAUCAACAUAUUUAUUAUGAAACCAUGCAAUAAAAACAUGCAGUCACUCCUGGGCAACAGGUGCUAUUCUUGUCUGCCACAAUAAAUUAUGCCCAUCUUGCAUUAUUCAAAUGAUUGGCGUCCAUGCCAGCUGCCCUUUGAAAUAGAGGUUGAUGGUUUCAGCCAGACAAAUGAAGAGUUUGUGUGUUGACUUUUCACCUACAUACAGUUAUUCAGUUUGCAUUUUGGAAUAAUUGCAAAUCUCAGUUAUCAAAUAGUGCCAAUAGUUUAAUUACAGAUACCCAUAAAUCUGGUACUUGUCCUCUUUAUUGAUAUUUGUUUGUCACAUGAAUCUAUAUUUUAUAAGAAAUGUUCGUAUUCUAGGCUAUUUUUUUUGUAAGCUCUAUGACAUAUUUAAGGAUAAUGUAAUAUUUUAGACCUUACAACAUUUCUACAAAGGAUGGAUGAAUGUACUGUACUAGGGUGACUCUAAAAUCCAUAAACCUUUUAUUGGGCAGACUAGAUGAGCCGAAUUGUUCUUAUCUGCCGUCACAUUCCAUGUUUCUAAUAAUAAAGUAGAUUUAUGAUCCAUUCUAUAUCAAGUAUUAUUAUAUACCACAAGUUAGACAGAACAGCCACAAUAUUUGUUAAAAUGUGAUCUGGCCCACAUCCGAUGUAAGAGAAGCUUAGUUCUCCUACUUAAUAUUAAGCCAUCAGGAGCAGCAGCUCUAGAUUACAGCAGGAAGGCUAGAUCUCACAUUUAUUUUAAAAGAUUUCUCCACGACUAAUUUAAAGGAACACUAUAGUAUUAGGAAUACAAAGCUGUAUUUCUAGCACUUUAGUGUCCCCCCCAUUGCAAUUAUAGGGUUCAAACCCUUUAAACACUACCUUAUUCCAGCACCAAAGUCUUUUGGCACAUCCUAAUAUGCACAUCCUAAUGUGCAGGGAUUAGGCCUUCCCCAUAGCAAAGCAUUGAAUCAUUGCUUUCCCUGUGGGGGGGGGGGGUUUGAAGAUGCUGGACGUGCUCAUGCAAAGAAUCAAACUCUGUGAAACAGCAGGAAGUGUCACUAGUGUCUGUCUAGACAGCAACUAGGGCCGUCUUAACCCUGCAAUGCAAACAUUGCAGUUUCUCUAAAACUAUAAUGUUUUACUUCGCAGGGCUAAGGGACAGGGACAUUGCACCCAGACCAAUAAAAUUGAGAUGAAGUGGUGUGGGUGCCUAUAGUGUUCCUUUAAAGCGUCACCAAUUUUUUUUUGUUUACAAGGAUCUAUUUGCAAAUUGCCUCCUUGCAGAUGGAAAUUUCUGUUGUUACAAAAGCAUCUGGCUUUUAAAUAGUUAAUCCCUGUGUACUAAGAGAGUGCAACAUUCAGUUAGUCAACUUCCAUUCAGGAACCUAGAAAGCUUAGAGGAGACCAGUUCAGAGUCACAAGGUAGUGAUUAAAGGGACACUAUAGGCAUUCGGACUACUCCAGCUCAUUGAAGUGGUCUGGGUGCAAUGUACCAGUCCCACUUAACACUUAGUCAUUGCUUUCCCAUGAGGAGGGCCGUAUGCGCUCACGGCACUUGAUGCCAUGCACAUUUGACCUUCCCACAGGAGGGACAUCAGUGCUUGUAUCGAGUGAGUAAAUUAAGUGUUUUAACCAUUUAUCUGCCGGAGGGCACCAGAGUGUUUAGGAAUACAGAUUUUUAUUCCCAACACUAUAAAAUCACUCUAAAUUACGUAUUUUUCCAUACUGGGUGGUACAUCUCAUACUUGGUUAUCAGGCUAUUACAGCUGUUUUUCUUUGAAAGUAUGGAUCUGAUUUCCUAUGUGAGUACCAUCUGCUAUUGUGUUGCUUAUUCUCUGGCCCAUGAGCUCCCUCUUGUGUUAAUUUGUUGCAAUGAUGUACAAGUUUUAACUUUGUAUUUUCCUGACAACCAGGGUUAUUUACUAAAGUGAGAAUUCAAAGUAAUUAACAAACAUCACAAUAAAAAUAAUGUUUCUACAGAGCAGGAGUGACUGGCCCGUUGACCCAUUUCUUUUGCAGACCCUCCCAUGUGUUAAAAGUUACUUUUAAGUAUUUUCUCUAGUGAAAUAGGUCAGUGUGGUAGCUGUGCUGACUGCAGAGGGUCAACUCAGCCUUUCAUCCUUCCAAGGUACAUAAAAUAUUGGGUGAUGAUAAUGUAAUAAUAUUUCAUUGCUAAUUUGGUUACAUUUUAGAGUGCUCCGUUUCUGCUUUAGUGUGUGAAUUUCUGUUUUAUAAAUGAGAAUAUUAACAGCUGUUUUUUGUAUUUUGCAGUCUCUGAGGCAUCCUUAUUGUUACACAGUAUGGUACUGUUGUCUACUAACUACCACAAUUCUGUAAAACAAUAAUUGUAGAGGAACCCUUGGACAACCAAUGAAAUUCCAGUUUACUGGUCGCUAUUCCAUUAGAGCGUAACCUUUUGGAAGUGGGACGCUGGAUUCUCAAGUCACCACGUUUAGGGUUUUCUAUAAUGUGGCCUGAAUCUUCUUCUGAUAAGCUACAGUGAAGCUUUUGGAAACCUAAUGUUUGUCAGGGAAUAUCCACUUAAAUGGUAAUAAAGGGACCACAUGAUGUAGAUGAAGCUACUGCACUGGACAAUCACUAACAGCUUUAAUGUCCUAGCUAAACUAACUCUCCUUUGCUGAAAAUAAAUAAAUACAUGUACAGCCCUUAUAUGUAAUGGGCCAAUGCACUGGGCAAGUAAUCAAACUAUGAAGACUGAUCAACACUUCCCCACUUAAACUUGUGCAAAGUCCCCGAUUUCAAGAAUUCAAUCCCUUUUAAAGUGGUCUGAACCAUGACAUAUUGCUACCACUUGAUGAAAACCUUCCACAGACUGGACACUGGACGUGUGCAACCACGAGACACUUUCUAAACCUUUUUCCAUUGGUAACCACUGUUUGUCUUUUAUAGACUUAAUGAAUGCAGUUUUUUUGCUGUUGCCAUGAUUAGGUUUAUCUUUGUUUUACAUAUUUGCAUAUUUUUGUUUUAUAUUAUGUGUAGCUGGUGCUGCAUGACUGUAUAUUCCAUGCUUUAUGUCAUGAAGUGAUGUUUUCAGAUUGUAAGAUUAACAUUAUGGACACGGCUCAUUGUCUAAAACUUCUAUGAAGAAGGUUUUUUAAUGAAAAGUCCUUUUGUAAAUGAGAAGUAUGUGCGCACAGGCUGCAAUAUACCAUAUUAAAAAAUAUGAAGAAAAAAAGUCCUGGUCUUUGUCAAAUCUUAACAAAUACUCCACGUGGUUAAACACUGGCAGGUCACCCAUGUGGUGGCAAUGUACUAAGGACAAUUGUACCAAUGUACCAUUUCUGCUUUGAAGAGAAGGUAAGUUUAAAAGGUAUAGCAAAGUCCAUGGAUUUACUAAACAGUGUGUUGCGGGCAAUUGAAAACUAUAGUGCAAUUUUUAAGUUAAAGGGUUACUCCAACCCUUUCUAAUGUUUUUUAAUUUACAAUGAGCUAUGGGUCAUUUGUUAUGAGAGGAAAGGAGUGAUGCAGUGUGAUUUUGGACAGGACAUGGAAAUACCCAAGGAGAGCUUUGCCCACUGCUGGAUUCAAGGUAAGGAAGAGCGUUUAUGACAGGAGUGAUGUGGGGUGGCGCUGGACGGAGCAUGGAACGCUCCAGGAUAGCCUUGUCUGCCGCUGGACCCAAGUGCAAUAGGGCACUAUAAGAUAUAAGGAUUUUUUUGACUUAAUCUUGGUCCUGAAAGAGGUUAAUUCACACCUUAUUUAACGUUUCCUUAGUUAAACUUGUAGGCGUAGCCACGAGAGAAAGAGAGAAAGUCCCCCCAAAUCAGAGAAUUCACCUGUUUGAAUCCACUAGGUUUAAUCUGCCAGAAAAAUCUCGGGUUUUGACCCGAAUGUAUUGUGCCAUCGAUUCUAAUGCCCAUUAAAAUUUUGGAAAUGUUAUUUUCCAAAAAAGGUGCGCGUUAGAUUUGAGUAAAUAUGGAAAAUCCUAAUAGUGGAAGUAAAUUGAGAUGUAAAUAUAAUUACACGUUCAUGGGUUUGCUGCACCUUCGUAAAAUGCUUUGAAGUGCUUGAAUUUUUUUAAAUGUUUAAUAUAUAUUUUCAAUAUUUAAUCUUUCCAUUUAAUAAAGUACACUUAUUGUCAAC